GACACCUUCACCACAGCAUUUGUGAAGAACCUGAUUGUGAUUCUGGUCUGGCUCAGCCUCAGUUACAUCAAUGGCACCUUGGUCGCCACUUUUUUCAGACACCAGACCUUUUACGAAGACCCCCGUUACAUCCUCUUCAUCCACAUGGUGAUAAACGAUGCCGUCCAGCUGACCGUCACCAUCACACUCUUUGUCCUCAGCUACAUCUUCUACAAGAUUAACGUCUCUUUCUGCUGCUUCUUCAUCCUGGUGGCCGUCUUCACCACCAGAAACACCCCAGUCAACUUAGCGGGCAUGGCCGUAGAGCGCUACAUUGCCAUUUGCGAACCUUUCAGCCACGCCCGAAUCUGCACGGUGAGAAGAACUUACAUGGUCAUCGGGUUGAUCUGGUUCAUAUGUGUGGUUCCGGAUAUCACGGAUCUAUUUGUGACGCUGGCGACCGAGUCCCUGGGCUUCUUUCAGGAGUCCGUGUUCUGCUUGCGACAAACAGUGUUCAAGGACCCGAUCCUCGCGUACAAAAGACAAGCCUUUGACAUCAUCUAUUUCUCCUGCGUGUUUCUGACUCUGAUCUUCACCUACUUGAGAAUCCUGUUCACAGCCAGGGCCAUCUCCUCGGAGAAGACGUCAGCCCAGAGAGCCAGGAACACCAUCCUGCUCCACGGUGUCCAGCUGGCCAUGUGCCUGCUCUCCUACAUCUCCCCCAGUGUGGAGCUUGUUCUGCAUCUCAUCUUCCCCGGCCGAACCCUAGAAAUCAGAUUUGCAAACUACCUGAUCAUCUACAUCCUGCCCCGGUUCCUGAGCCCGAUCAUCUACGGCGUCAGAGACAGAAAGUUCAGGAAGUACUUCAAGAUGUACCUUCUGAGCAACAGGUGCAGGGAGAAACUGCAGAAAGUGGCCCCCCAGCAGUGA